GCCUUUCGAGAAAGAGAACGCGCCGGAGCCAAUCAGGAGCAGAAGAGCCGUCGAAGGGGUUAAGGAGCCGGGCGGCCAGGUGAAGAAGUCCUGGAACUCGUGGCUUCGGGUCGCGGCAGAAUCCGGCCGGCCGGGCGGCGCGACCCAGCCAGGUGAGGGUCUCGGAGGCGCGGUGCAAGCGAGCGCUUUCUGCCCGGCAGCUCCCGACUUCCGGGCGUCUUUCUGGCUUUCAAGGAUUACAGCCUUGGACUGAAUCCGGUGCAAAGGGCUGCGGGCAGCGGGGUAAGACCGCGAUGCGAGUGGGUGGGAAGAAGAGGUCGCCUUAGGUAAGAGGGAAAAGGGUGGAUCUCCCAGGACUCACUCCCUGAGGGUGGAUCCCUGCUAUGGGCCUGGAGUGGGGAACGCCGGAGGGAACUGUGCCUUGCAGACUUCCUCUUUACCAGGGAGUGGUAAAACAUUUAAAAUGCCUCCCUGCUUUGAAUAUACUGUAGUUUGUGAAAGAUGCCCAGCAAGCUCUUAGUGCAGAAAGAUCUUCAGUGUGGGUGUUAUUAUUUCAGCCAGGCAUAAUCAAACUCGGGCCCUCCAGAUGUUUUUGGGACUACAACUCCCAUCAUCCCUGACCACUGGUCCUGUUAGCUAGGGAUGAUGGGAGUUGUAGUCUCAAAACAUCUGGAGAGCCAAGUUUGCCUAUGCCUGAUUUCUGCCAUCAGUACUCUUUUGGGCGUUUUUGCAUUGCCCUUUUAAAUGAGCACUCCUGAAUUCAUCGUUUUAUGUUUUUGUUUUCCUGUUCAAGGAAAGUGAAAAGUGUAUUGCUGGCUGUUGUCUUAGAGGCACUUAUCUGAUCACAGUUAUGGUACGCUAUAGAAAGUGUUGUCUCCAGGGUGGUGUAUGAGUUUAAUUAAUUAAUAGCAACAACAACAUUGAAAAUGUGAGCUUAGCUGCUUCUAGCCUAUGACCAGGGUGGGUGCUAUCAUUAGGCCAACUAGGCAGCUGCCUAGAGUGCAGACUUCAGAGGAGUGCAGUACUGACUUUUGAGGAGCACAGUUUUCUACAAAUUAGUUUUUGUUAUAAAUUUAUGAUAAGAUUUUCCUUUUACAUUUUGAAGAAUUUUAUCAUCUAUGUAGUACAGUAAUUCAUACAUUAGAUUUUUAAAAAAUGUAUAUAUGAAAUAGAUACAGUAUAUAGUAUCAACAAAAAAUCUACUGAAGCUGUACUUGAGGCUUGCAAAAAUUGCAGAAAUCAUGGAUGCACAAUGGAAACGAAUAUACUGAUGCUGAAGAACUGUGUGGUGAACUUACAGCAAUAGCUUGAAGUCUUUCAUAGCCUGUGCUGCCAUAAAGAGUAAUGGAUGAUGUGCCUAAUGUUUCUGCUGUUCCAAGGAUCCUUCUAAAAAUUCCAUUGUCAGUGGCAAGUGGUGAACAUAGUUUCUCAUAGCUCAAACUUAUAAAAACUUACAUUCACUUAACAGUGUUGCAAAAGAGUUGGCUUGGCAUGCAUCAGCGCUUGACCUGAAGGAAUUAGUGACAAAAUGUGCAAAGAAAAAGGUGUGCACAGUGAAAUUUUGAUGUGCCUGAAAUAAAAACUUUUAAGAGACUUUAAAUUUUAACAUCACAAUUCACAAGCGUAUUCAAAAUGAUUUGGGCGCUAAAACAUUUUCUUUUGUAUUUGAGAACAAUAAUCAAAAGAUAGUUGUAUUGUUUAUUCUUGCAAUUUAAAUGCAGGUCCUAAGGCAGCUUCACACGAAUUCGUCAGUAACUGCACGCUGAGUUUGAUUGUCAUGAGAUUUGGUACAGGAAAUGAUUUCUAUACUGCCUUUCUGCUCAGGCACCCAAUGUGGUGGUUUAUAAUUUAAAAAAUAUUAAAACAAAGACAUAGCAUAUAAUGGGGGAGCUAAGGGCACAAGCUCCUUGACCUCAGCUUUCUUGCCUCUGGGUAUAAAGACUUCCCGUACUUUCUUAAGCAGCCCCAAGGAAAGUUGUAGGACUCAAAAGGUGUAGGGGAAAGCCCUGGGAUAUGUUGAUGCUUUGCCAUACUGGUCCCUUAAUUCCAUGGCUUCAACUGAAGCAGCUGGAUGCUUUGCCUUUGUCAUUUACUCUAAACAAUAAACAAGGGGAAAUUGCAUAUUUAAUCCUUUGGCUGGCUUCACGUAUUUCCCACAUUGUGAUUUUUGCACAGCACACACGCACAUCAUGAUUCACAAUACAGUCGUACCUUGGAAGUCAAAUGGAAUCCGUUCCGGAAGUCCGUUCAACUUCCAAAAUGUUCGGAAAUCAAAGUGUGGCUUCCUAUUGGCUGCAGGAAGCUCCUGCAGCCAAUAGGAAGCCCCGCCAGACAUUUGGGUUCCAAAGAACGUUAGCAAACCGGAACAUUUACUUCUGGGUUUGCGGCUUUCGGGAGCCAAACGUCCUGAGUACCAAGGUGGUCGGGAUCCAAGGUAUGACUGUAUAUUGCCAGGUCAAAACUUCUCAAACCAAUAUCACAUUAUGGACUUCAAACUGGUUUCCAGCAAUAUAUCAAUAUAUCACCCAGCCCUAGUGUUGACAGUGAUGAGCUGGAUCAACCAAUGGUCUGACUUGGUGUAAGGCAUGUCAGGGCAACGUGGGGGGAGGGGGAGGUGGUUCAGCUUCUGCAGGUUGUGAUAAUUUCCUUGCUUGACCUUCAUACUCUCAUUUUCCACCUAACCUUGAGAAUGUUUCCUUGGGUGUCAAUCCUAAACAUUUCAGGGAAAGCAAAGUACCUUUUAGAACAGUAACCUUGCUUCUGACUCUCUAAAGAUUGCAUUGUUCUAACCUGGCACAUUGUAAACAAGACGCCCUUUUUUGUUUUAUAAUGAUAUGCCAGUCGGUGUUGUGGGUAAAUUAGCAGCUCACAAUCCCAGCUGGGGACAUAGCACGAAGUAGGGCUAAAAGUAUGUACAGUGGUACCUCGGGUUAAGUAACUAAUUUGUUCCGGAGGUCCGUUCUUAACCUGAAACUGUUCUUGACCUGAAGCACCACUUUAGCUAAUGGGGCCUCCUCCUGCUGCUGCGCCGCCGGAGCACGAUUUCUGUUCUCAUCCUGAAGCAAAGUUCUUAACCCGAGGUAAUAUUUCUGGGUUAGCGGAGUCUGUAACCUGAAGCGCAUGUAACCUGAAGUGUAUGUAACCCGAGGUACCACUGUAGAUAUAAAAGUUUAGCAAUGGUGUGCAAGAACACCAGAAAUUGCAAGUUGUGCAAAGGUUACCCAGAACAGAUUGUGUUGUCGGGAUUCUGUUAAUGGAUUUUGUUCUUAAAAUUGAACGGUGCUACUGUUGAGGCUUUCCUGGGAGCCUUGUCACCUGCCCUAGGAGGAAGCCCUGUUCCUUAAUUGUGUGGGAGCAGAUUGUAGGAGCUCAGUGGGGAGUAAAGACACUGCAUUCAUGCUCAGAGGUACUCAUUUAGUCAUACGUGUUUUUGCUUUUUUAAGGAUGCAUAGUCAAAGAUGAGAGAGGGUAAUAUUAAAGGAGCAGUGGAGAGAACUACAAUAUUUUUUUUUCUGUUAAAAGUACAGUGGUACCUCAGGUUAAGAACUUAAUUCAUUCUGGAGGUCCGUUCUUAACCUGAAACAGUUCUUAACCUGAGAUACCACUUUAGCUAAUGGGGCCUGCCACACUGCCGCCAUGCGAUUUCUGUUCUCAUCCUGAAGCAAAGUUCUUAACCUGAGGUACUAUUUCUGGGUUAGCGGAGUCUGUAACCUGUAGCAUCUGUAACCCGAGGUACCACUGUACUGGUAAGAAAGGUGAGGACUAGCCCUCAAAAAGGCCUAUAAAGGAAGUUGGAAGUGGAGUGCCUAACUGUACAUUCCAUGCUUGUCUCACAGUUAGACCUGUUUGUCAUGUGAUUAGAGAAGCACAAGUGCUGGAAGAAACCCCCAGAGCCUGUAGAUUUAAAGGACCAUGUAAGUGCACAACAGGAGCAGAUUGUGUCUACUUCUAAAAUAACCACUCUCUGGAUGUGCCCUUUUCAUGCUCCACUUCUGUGCUAGUGCAGCCAAUCUUGUCAUGUUUGUUUCAGUCAACCUGACUCCAGUGUGCCUGAUAAUCACAAGCCACAUGGGAGCUUGUUGGUUCCCUUGCCAAUUGCUGCUAGUCCAAACAAACGUGCAUCAGCAGCAGUGCGACACAACACACGCUUGAGCUCUUUAAGCAUAUGUUCUGUGGAGAUAGCAUCUCAUUUUUUGUUUUCCAAAGCUGAAGAAGACACAGUGAUAGAAUUGUAGAGUUGGAAGGGACCCCAAGGCUCACCAAGUCCACCCGCCUGCAAUGCAGGAAUCUCAACUAAAGCAUCCAUGCUUAGAAAUCUCCAAGAAAGGAGAGUCUGGAACCUUCUGAGGGAGUCCGUUCCACUGUCAAAGAGCUCUUGCUGUCAGAAAGUUAUUCCCGAGGUUUAGUCAGAAUCUCCUUUCUUGUAACUUGAAGCCAUUAGUUUGGGUCCUACCCUCCGGAGCAGGAGAAAAUAAGUUUGCUCCAUCUUCCAUGUGACAGCCCUUUAGAUAUUUGAUGAUGGCCAUCAUAUCUCCUCUCAUUCUCCUCGUAUCCAGGCUGAACUCCAACAACCAUUUCCAGAGCCUUGUUGAUCAUAAGAUGUUUUGAACUAGAGGGGUGCCCUUGUCCAACUUUCCACAGUCCAACUGGAGCCAACCGUGGAACAAAAUCAAAUGCGUCUGGACUUGGGAAGGCAAAACUGACUCCAUUUGUGAAUAAAAUGUCAAGCUUCACAACCUAGAAACCAGACUUUGCCAGCUGGGCGCCUUCCCAUUGUUUUGGACUACAUAUCCCAUAUAUAACCCAACACGUGCUAGCUAGGGCUGAUGGGAGUUGUAGUCCAAAACAUCUUGAGGGCACUCAUUGGUAAAGACUGUCCUAAGCCAUACAUUGACAUACACAUAAAAGUACAAAUUUGCAUAGGGGUUAAUACAGAUUGGAUUUGUAUAUAUCAAAUUCUAAAACUGGCCAGUAGUCAAGAGCAGCCAGUUCGUACUCUCCUACAGCAGAGGAACUCUUGAGGCUGAGAGAGAAGCAACUAGCACAGGGUCAGCCAUGGAAGAGAUUUGUUUAUUUUUAUUUGUUAUUAUUGAAGUAGUCAAAGUUGGAAACUCUUGCUGGUCAAUGCAAAUCAUCCCAGUGUCUCCCCAUCUCUUCCUUAGAGGAAGCUGAGCGUGAGUUGGGCUUAACAGAUAACAGGGAACAAGUGUAAAUAUUUCAUUUUGCUUGGGCUAGAUUACAACAUGAAGCAAGAUAACAGGUAGAACUUAGAAUAGAAGUUUCCUAAUUCUCGGUAGAUUUCAACCUCUGAGGCCUGGAUUUCAAAUUUGGGAGGCCCUGCUCAAUGUUACAAAAAUCUGUAUCGAAGGAUAGCAUCCAGAGAUUCAGAACCACUUCCAGCACAUGUGAUUUUUCCUUCCCUUUGUGUGUGGUGAUUAUUAUGUUCCAAAGUGUUUUCAGAAAGAUGUUAUGAAAAUACAGCCACAAAUCAGUUUGGGCAGAGCAGAUGCUGAACCCUGUGAUGGGGUGGGGAGUGUGUAUGUUGUUUCCCCACUGGCUUCCACCCUACCUUAGGCUCAUAGGCUACUCAGAAGCUGGAUCUAAAUGCAUUGGUGCAGUAGUGAGCUUCUUUCAGGAAACAAAAGGGAACAGCAUGAUGGCAUGAGUGUGACUGUGUAUGGCAGGGGUUGGCAAGGCUUACCGGCCAUGGGCUGGAUCAGUCCCAUGGAAAUCGUCUAUGGGCUGGACUGGCGCAGCACGAUGCCGGAAAUCGCGUCUGUGCAUGUCCGCCAUGCCAGAAAAUGCUUCUGCGCAUGCCCAGGUACUGAAAAUUGCGCCUGCGCAGAAGCGAUUUUCGGCGUCAUGACAUUCGCAGACGCGAUUUCCGGUAUCUCCACGUGUGCAGACACGAUUUCUGGCACCGCUUGGUGAGUCCCUGCGCCCCACUGCACUGGUUUAGUGCAGCACACGGACUCGCUGAGCGGGUGGCUCAGUUCGGGGGCAGCUCAGGGGCCAGUAAAACGGUCUUUGUGGGCUGCAUCCGGCUCAUGGGCCGCACGUUGCUGACCCCUGGUGUAUGGUUCUGUCCAUGAUGAUGCCCUUCAGUCCUGGAGGGCAUGUUACCACUGCUUAUGUGUAGGGUAAACGUGACUAUGAACCAUUCUAAAAGGCCAACUUUCUUUGCAGUUUACUACUUUUCAGUGAAUGAAGGUUUCCUUUCCCCAACCCUUGGUUUAAGUGUGUUUCUUUGAUUGCAACUCCCCAUCCCCCCCGCUGCCACAGGCAUAUCUAGAUGAGCAUCAGUGGUUUUUCAGCAAAGGAUUUUGCUUUUCUCUGAGAGGCAGGUGAUCGGGGAAGGGAGAUUAGGUGGGUAGUAAAGGUAAAGGGACCCCUGACCAUUAAGUCCAGUCUCAGACAACUCUGGGGUUGUGGCGCUCAUCUCGCUUUAUUGGCCAAGGGAGUCGGCGUACAGCUUCCGGGUCAUGUGGCCAGCAUGACUAAGCUGCUUCUGGCGAACCAGAGCAGCGCACGGAAACGCCGUUUACCUUCCCGCCGGAGCGGCACCUAUUUAUCUACUUGCACUUUUUGGCGUGCUUUCAAACUGCUACGUUGGCAGGAGCAGGGACCGAGCAAUGGGAGCUCACCCCGUCGCGGGGAUUCAAACCACCAUCCUUCCGAUCGGCAAGCCCUAGGCUCAGUGGUUUAGACCACAGCACCACCCACGUCCCUCUAGGUGGGUAGUAGUUACCACAUAUUCGCCAUCAAGACACUUGGAGCACAUCUUGAACCUCCGGGAUGUUGUCCGGUUUUCGUUUCUUCAGGAGUUGGCUCAUAAGAGCCACAGAGAAUCAUCACAGUGCAGAAGUGCCAUUAAUCCUUUUCCAAACCAGUCCAUCUAUCUUUGGAACUGUGGAACUCAGAAUUCCUAUAUUCUUUUGCCUCAAGGCUUUUCCAAAUUGUUUUCCAUUACUUCUGCCAAAAAAUGGACACCUCUCUCUGUGUGUCUUAUAUUUACAGUAUAUGCAUAUAUGAAUUUUUAAGUGGCACAAAAUACGGUUCCAGAGUUUGGAUUAGAUUAGCAUAAGAUUCACAAGAUACAUGGAUGCUUCCCUGUCUCAGUGCCUCUGACAAUGGAAAAUAUAAUUUGGCAUUGCUAGUUCUCGCUAUAUCUAAAAGAGUUUUAAAAUCCUUUUUGUUUAGGCUGACCUCCUAUUUUAGACUUUCAGUGAAUGAGCUUAAAUUUAGAAUGUUUUUGUAUUCAACUAAGUCGUAAGAACAGGUUCAUUAAUUUUGGUGGGUCUAAGUUAAUCACAUUCAUGAACUUCAGUGGGUCUACUCUGAGUAGGACUAACAUUGAAUAUCACCCAUAGGGUGUUUUUUAUGUUUUACUCUGCUGAAACUUACACAGGCAUCUUCCAACUUCGCUGACAAGUACACCAAAAACUGUGUGAGGGGGCGGGCGGAACAGGGGAACCCCCACUUGUACACCUCCAGAAUGGAACCCCUGUGUAAGUGGGGAUUCCCCUGAAGCUUUGUGCUGAUACGUAUAAAAUGCCUAGUUUUUCUUCGUUUUAAAUUGUAUUGUGCUUUGAUUAUGUGUAAGUAGCCUUAUGUGGGCUGUGCUCAAAAUAAGUUCGUAGGUGUCAUGAUUUUGACAUUUUCUUGCCGUUCUCCCAUGGCUCAACCUUUUGUGGGUCUCUAAUAUAGCACUGCAAGGUUCUCUGUGAAGGAGGAAGCAUGAUCACCUUCAUGAACAACUCAGACAGCGAGGAAGAACCCUGCAACGAGAGAACGUCCUUGAUGUCGGCUGAGAGCCCCCUUCUGCCUUCUUACCAAGAUGACACACAAACACCAGAAGCAGGAGAAACACUCACGCACAGGGUAGGUGUAGAUUCCACUUCUGGGAAGAAGGAACACUUUGUAAAACCCUGAUCUUGUCCUCUGUGCGGGUUCUUCCUUCAUAUGCCUUCUUGAGUCACUUAUCUGUGUGGGGUUUUUUUGCUUGUUUUUAAGCCUUAGAAUGAGUGACAUAAGGUGGAGACGAUAUUCCUGUUAAGAGGAGCUGGUGAUGCUCAAAUUCUCUAAAACAGAGAUGGUCUGGAGACCAAAUGUAGCCUUCUGGACUCUCCCCAGGCCACAGCCUUCACUAGCAUUGCACCUUCCUCAGGUGUGUUUUUUUUCUGGCUGGAAUGUCACAUUCCGAAUGUGUAAUUAAACUGAGCAAAAGCAUCUUGCUUACCUGGAGCAUCAAAUUUUGUGUGUGUGUGUGUGGGUGUGGGUGUGUGAGAGAGAGAGAGAGAGAGAGAGAGAGCCUCUGACUGUAGCGUGGCUUGAAUGUAGCUUAUUGUCCAAAGGUAAGAGUCCCAUCUGUGUUUUGCCUAUGCUUCUGCCCACCGCUGUCAUGUGACACACACACCCUACUCAAAAGAUAGCCCUCUAGGGAAUAUGGACCAUUGUCUGAAAGAAGGUUCCUCAUCCCUGUGGCAGAACAUAGGCAAGCCCUGUGCACACCAAAGUCUCCUCAACCUCCAAUCAUUUGGGUGGGUUAUUGAAUGGAGGGAUUGCUGAGGGCAAGGAGCACUGCCUGCUCCUUCUGUUUUCCAAGUUAUACCCUGUAGAACAGGCAUAGGCGAACUCCGGCCCUCCAGAUGUUUGGGACUACAAUUCCCAUCAUUCCUAGCUAACAGGACCAGUGGUCAGGGAUGAUGGGAAUUGUAGUCCCAAACACCUGGAGGGCCGAAGUUUGCCUAUGCCUGCUGUAGAACAUGUUUUUUUUCUUAUUUACAUUUUGCAGGAUAAAUGAACUUGGGUAGGUUGGCAAUUGAGCAGAUGAGCAGAGUGGGAUGGAGGCAGGGUAACUUGGGCGGACAACUGGUGAUCCAGGUAUAGGACCUGCCAGCUGCUAACCCCUGUUGCAUGUUCUUCCUUUGUAGAAAGGGCGUCCCGGCAGCAGCGGGAGCUCCAGCAAAACUGCUGAUGGAAACGCGGCCGACACGGAAAGAAUCGCCAGAGUGCUCGCUGCCGUGGAUAGCGAGGAGGAAGAGCUGACCUUGAAAUACGGAGCGAAACAUGUGAUCAUGCUCUUUGUGCCUGUCACAUUGUGCAUGGUUGUGGUCGUUGCAACCAUAAAGUCGGUGCGGUUUUACACCGAGAAGAAUGGACAGCUGUAAGUAGUCCUUGUCUGACGCUGGGUAAUGUGAUUGCCUUUAAGGCUACAUCCAAACAAGCCUCCUUUCUUUUCAUUUGAUCUUUUGCUGUCCUCCUUUCUUCAAUUGACCCUUUGCUAUUCCAAUACAAAUCUCAAUCCCUACUUACUGCAAGGGUCAGCUCUGAGUCUAGUUGAUGCACCUUGUUUCUGCCACCUUUUCGUCAGUUAGAGUUGGGGAUUUGCAUUGGCUUAAGUAUAUUGCCAAUCAAUUUGUGCCAGAGCAAAACCACUUUUUUUUUAAAGAAAAAGACAUGCUAUGCUUUUCUUGCAGGAUUUAUACCCCAUUUACGGAAGACACGCCCAAUGUGGGCCAGCGUCUCUUGAACUCUGUGCUGAAUACCAUAAUCAUGAUCAGUGUCAUAGUAGUAAUGACGAUCUUCUUGGUUCUAUUAUACAAGUACCGUUGUUACAAGGUAAGGCGAUGGCCUAAGAUUUGCAAGCGAUGAAAACAGACAUACCAUUUUAGCAGUCCUCACAAUGGAUCUUCUCAAUUUGCCUUGUAUACCUGUAAGUCAGAAACCGGUCAUGUGUUUUUGCUCCUCCAUUCAAGUGUAUUGCUCACAUUUCCAAAAUUCUGCUGUGAUAUUGCUGGGCAAGUUCUGUACUUAGGCUCAGAAUUAAUAUGCAAAUUAUCAUUUCUGAACCAGACUUACUUCCAUAAACGUACAGUCAUACCUCGGGUUAAAGUUUCUUCAGGUUGAGCGUUUUCGGGUUGCGCUUCGCAGUGACCCAGAAGUAACGUAGUGCGUUACUUCCAGGUUUCGCCGCUUGCACAUGUGCAGACACUCAAAAUGACAUCACGUGCAUGCACAGAAGCGUCGAAUCACGACGCACGCAGACACAGGUUGCGGUUUCUUCAGGAUGCAAACGGGGCUCCGGAACGGAUCCCGUUCGCAUCCAGAGGUACCACUGUAUCUUUUAACCCUGUCUGUUUAUUUCCCUGUUUGGCCAUAGUUCUGAGCGAGAAGGUUUGGACUGAUACUGCAGCUUGCAUGGUGCAAUGGUGAUCAUGCAGUCCUAAAACUCACCUUCCAAAAAUUUGGGGAUUCUCAUUCCUUAAAUGAAAGGACUGAUAACUUGGUCAUAGGCAAGGAGGGAGUCCAAAUUUUAGAUUCAGCAACAUGGAAUGUAUGGUCAUCCAAUAACUGGUAUAGUGUGGUUUUUGUUGGCAACCCUACAGAUAUUAAGAAGGUUGCAGGAUACAUCAUUUUGUGCCUGUCCACAAUAUUUCAAAUGGGUUUGGGUAAACAAGCCAUUUCCAUGGGAUUAGACUGACAUGGAGCUUUGAAAGAGUUUCUUCAUGGCACAUGAAUCAAUUUUUUUAAGGACAAAAUGAAAGACCACUUCAUUCCAAAAUAGGUCAAGAAACUUGAUUGUGUUGAAGCGUGAAAUUGGUAUUUUUAAAACAGGCCUGCACAUUUUGUAACCCAUCGAGCAAAGAGCAGCCCACCUGCCAUAUAUGGUGGUCCACAAGGGACUUGAUUAAACUCCCUGUCCUUGCUGUCUGCCUGGGAUUACGAAAACAGAGCUUGGCAAGCUACAGUACAUAUCUGGUGGGCUCUGUCCAGCGGGGAGGUCAGAAAUUGUACAGACCUCUUCUUUAAACAAUCCCAAGUGCAUCAAGGAGAAUAUCCAGCAGUUCAUUAUGAAGAGUGAGAAGUUGGUAGAUGGCGGGUCUUCAGAAGACACCAAAGAGUGCUUACGCAACAGCUUUUUUUCUCUCUCUAAAAGGAGACUGCGACCAGUUGUUCAUCUGGUUUAUUAGUUAUUUUGGAUGACCUCCCAAGAACUUAAUAAAGCUCAGGCACUUUAUUAAAGUGAAGGUAAUUUGAAUGUUAUGAAAUGAAAUGAGCAGGAAUGAAAGAGCAGGAAGAAGCACUUGGAGAAAGCACAAACGCCUCUUUGGGUAAUACAUAACAAAUGCAUCCCUUUGCAAAGAGUUGUGUUUCAACAGUAUCUGGGUGAUCCCUGCAGGCUUCCUAAGGGGCUAUGCAGUAAAGUCAUAAUAGGAGGUUGAAGUAGGCUAGUACAGGCAGGGGGAACCUGCGGCCAUCCAAAUUGGCAAAUUUCAAAAGAGAAGGGAUCAGAUUACCAAGAGAGGUUGCCACUUAGUUUCUAUGAAUCAGGUUUUGUUUGUUCUUUGUCCCCUGAACCGAUAAACCAAAUAGCGCAUGUCAAUUUCAGGCCACAUUGGAGAAAGCUGCACCAAAGUAUAACAUGUUGACAUUGGCACCCAAGCAAGGAGGACACCAGGGUGCCUCUGAACUGAAGAGAAUGUGGUGUGCCAAAGAUUCUUGGGACCUGUAAUAAGGAGAUCUCUGACAAGUACUUUGGAGCAGAAAGAUGGGAAACCUUUUGUCCCUGUGGUCCUCCUAGAUGUUGUUGGACUCCAGCUCCCAUCAGCCCCAGGCAGUGGUCAGGCAUGAUGGGACUUACAAUUGGACAACACUUGGCGAGCCACAGGUUCCCUAUCCCUGAGCAAGACACUGAAAAAACUCACAAAUAUACACUGACCUUUCAUGUUUUUGCUCAAAGUCACUCUGAGCCAAAAGGUUACUAUUCCCACACAAUCCAGGGCUUUCUAGUUUCAUCUUUCCAUUUCUUGCACUUCCUGAUUGCUGCAUCAGAAAUGUUUCCAUAAAGCAAACAUGCCUUAAAGCCUGAUGGAUGGUUGGUGCAUCUGUUUCAUUGCUCUUGAUAUUAACCGUAGCAGCAUUUGAAGUCUGAUAUCAAGGAAGCCCUGGAAAGAGAAGGAACAAAACACCUCAAGAGGGAAGCCGCAUGUUCAAAGUCUUUGGCACAUAGGUCUAAGCCAUGGUGUGCUUUAACCAUGGUUAGUCCAAAGCCUGUUUUGUUUUCCAGCUGCUCUUGGCUUGGUGUUUCUGUGGUGUGGCAAGUGUUUGGGAUAGAGUGGCCAAAUGAACCAUGGUUGUUGGGUUCAGGCGUAACUCUAAACUAUACUUUGUUCAAGCCAUGGUUCACUAGACACCUAAAAAAGCAAUGGCUUCGCAUCAUAGUCUGAUGCUAAAAAACAAAACUAUAGUUUUGGGUUGGAUUCAGAAAUUCAGACAAACCACACUUUGCCGAAACAAGCCAUGGCUUCAUGUUAUAUGCAAAACAAGCCAUAGCCUGAAAAACAAGCAGUAUGGUUAAGAAACUGGUUGAGGAGAGGAGCACUUCUUUGAUAAAUCUGUGCAAAGCAACCAUGUGUACCACUGCCUUCUGUUUUAACAGUUCAUUCAUGGCUGGCUCAUUCUCUCAUCUCUGAUGCUGCUGUUCCUCUUCACCUACAUCUACCUUGGGUAAGUGUGAGUAAGUGCUGUUGAUCUUUAGCAACUCAGCAGGGCUAGACAGAAAGUAGAGAACAGCCAAUGACUAUGUCAUUAGAUUAGUAUGAGUUUCUGACUUCUGAGUGUUUGAUAAUAAUGAAAAUAUUAGAAUCCCUGAUCUGUUUUACAUCAGGGCAAAAUCCUCAUUACAUUGUUUGUAAUGUUGUCUUCUAGUGGUUACUUUGCGAGCCACCCAGAGUGGCUGGAGUAACCCAGUCAGAUGGGCAGGGUACAAAUAACAACAUCAUCAUUCUUCUUAUCAUUAUUACUUGUUUCCUUGACUAAACUUCUUUUUCCUUUUGUUCUGCAGUGAAGUGCUAAAGACCUACAAUGUGGCCAUGGAUUAUCCCACCCUAUUCUUCUUCAUUUGGAAUUUUGGAGCCGUUGGGAUGAUUUGCAUCCAUUGGAAGGGGCCCUUGCACCUCCAGCAAGCCUAUCUCAUCAUGAUCAGUGCCUUGAUGGCUUUAGUCUUCAUUAAGUAUCUGCCUGAGUGGUCAGCCUGGGUCAUUCUGGGAGGCAUAUCGGUUUACGGUACGUCUGUAAUGGAAGAGACUUCUGGGUAAUGGAAGAGAUUUUCCGUUUUCUAUUCUUCAUCACAUUCUUUAGCUAGGAAAAGUGAAACUCAUAGGAGCUAGCCUAAAUCGGUGUUUGUACCAGCUAUAUUUCAUAGUCAGCUAAUGGCCCCUUUUCCAUUACAGUGUUUUUUCAGGGGGAUGGCUGAGAGAGGAACCCUCGGGAACCUGACUUGUAUUGAGUCGCAUAGUCCUGUCCACAUUGAUUAGCUUUCCAGGGUUCAACAGAGGACAUUCGCUUUUGCAUGCACAGCGAAUUUGCACCUGGAUGACAAUAAAAUAAUUGACAAUUUGUUUUUGUCCUUUUAAUGGGCCCGAGAUCUCCUCCUUGACACAUCAGCUUCCUCUGCAAGCAUUGCAGAAGGCUUCCUAGAAAGAAAACUGGAAAAAAUAUGAGAAAAAUUGGUGCAGGGAUUAGGGAAUCAUGAUGAAUGGAACAAGUUGAGAAGCUGUGUUUAUGUUUUUGACAUGAACUGUCAACUGAUACAUUCCUUCUAUAUCCCUCCCCUGUAACGUUCUGUGAAUGGAAGUAAAGAGGAGAGACUCAUCGCUUUUUUGUUGUCUAUUGAACCAUGGUUUGAACCAAGUAUAGUUUAGAGCAGGGGUCGGCAAGCUUUUUGGGGGGUUGGCCAGUUCACCACACCACAAACCUCCUGGUGGGCCGGAGUGCGUGUGUGCGUGCACGGCAAAGGGGGCUUCUCUCUCCCCCCUCUCUCCCCCAGACCCUCCUGUCCCCCUGCCUAACUAGGGUGCUGCCGAGAGGCAGAGGGUGGCGGUGAAAGAACAAGCAGCCCGAAAGGGCCGUUUUCGGGCUGCUCAUUCUGACAAUGACAGCAUCUGCCGCUCGCAAGGGCAAGCACCAGGAGCCAUGCUUGGCAGAGCGGCGGCGGCAGCAAACAGCUUGCUCCAACAAGGGGCUGCUAAAAAUGCGCUUGGCCAGCUCAGCCCAGCUGCCUUCCUCCUCUCGGCCACACGCAGCAGCCACUCGCCCAUUGGCCAGGGCCUCAAACCUUAGCAGGCGAUUGGCUGGCAAUUUGCUGCACCAGGGGCAGGGAGGAGGUUCCGCUGUUGUGAGGGAGGGGGGGAAUGUCAGCGGGGGGGCACCCACACUGCGGGGGGAAAACAACGGAAAUGGCCUUGGGCUGGUUCCGGGAAGCUCAUGGGCUGGAAGCGGCCCAUGGGCGUUAGGUUUCCAACCUCUGGUUUAGAGUUACAACUGAACCCAACAACCGUCGUUCAUGUGGCUGCAGCUGCACCUACUUUUUAAGUGUAGGUUUGUCAGUGACAAAACUACUCCCCCUUCUCUCCCUCUCCCCUCCCUGUUUUUCAUCUACACCCAGUCUGUGUCUCUCUGAAUCGGUCCCAAAGGUUUGAGAAGGAUCCAAGUUGCUUUAGGCUGUUUUGGAGGACAGCCACUUCACCCUGGACAAGGGUUAAAUCUCUGAACUGACCCAGUUUCAGAUUCAUCAGAACCAAAUGCUAGCUCCUCACCCCCUGGUUCCUUCCCAUGCCUUGAGGUUGUUGCCCAAGGUCCCUUUUUCAAAUUCUCCCACCCAAUGAGGUUUGGACAGUGGCCAUGUAUGUCAGCACCUCUUCAGCAUUGGCCCUGUGUCUGCAAUGGUCUUCUUAGAGGUCCGCCUGAUAAGUGUCUAUCUGGCACUAGGUAAAUACCUCUUUUGUUUUCCCAGGACUUAGUUUAUUUGGUUGCGGUAGCACUGCUGUAGCUCUGAUAGUUUUUAUUUCUCUGUUCUGCUUCAAUGCUAUGGAGUUGCGUUCCUCUGCUUUCUAUUUUUCAAAGUGGUUUUUUUUUACUUGAUAGCUGUGUGUUUUUAAUUUGCUGCUCAUGAUUUGAUUUGAUUUUUUAUUAUUUUAUCUUGUAAGCUGCCAAGAGGGCAUAUCUAUAAAUAGAACAACCCCUUACACUGCAGUGACUGAACUACGUCUGCCAUGCAUACUUAAAAAAAAAAAAAGUAGGAAAAAAUGACCUGCUGAUAAAUGGCAGGAAAAUGAAAUACUUAUGAAGUGACUUGGGAUCAAAUAGAUUUCUCUCUCUCUCUUUCUCUCCCUCUCUCUCUCUCCAGACUUGGUGGCUGUCUUGUGCCCAAAGGGGCCGCUCAGGAUGUUAGUGGAAACAGCGCAAGAAAGAAAUGAGCCCAUAUUUCCGGCACUUAUUUAUUCGUGUGAGUAAAACAGGGGGUAUAGGGGCGUCCAUUGCAGAAUAUACCCUGCAGUGUAGCAACAUGGACUCAGGACCGCAAUACCUCAAGGACCGCCUCUUUCCAUAUGAACCUACCCGGACCCUGAGAUCAUCUUCUGAGGCCCUUCUUUGUGUGCCUCCUCCUCAAGAGGUGUGGAGGGUGGCAACACAAGAAUGGGCCUUCUCUGCAGUGGCUCCCCAUCUACAGAAUGCUCUCCCCAGGAAAUUUCACCUGGCGCCUUCAGGUAUACACCUUUUGGCGCCAGGCAAAAAUGUUUCUUUUUAACCAGGCCUUUGGUUGACCUGAUUAACAUCCUAUGCCCUUUUAAAAUGUGGCUCUUGGGGGGCGUGUGUGUUAUUGGGUUGUGGUUUUUAUUUUGAUUAUAUAUAUUGUGGUUUUUAUGUUGAUCUUUUCUGUGAACCACCCUGAGACAUUCAGGUAUAGGGCGGUAUAUAAAUUCAAACAACAACAACAAAUACAGGAAACCUUUGAUCCUCCAGAUAUUGGUGAACUACAAUGCCCAUCAGCUCCACCAAGCUAAUGGCCAGGGUGAUGGGUGUUGUAUCACACCCAAAGGUUCCCCACCUGCUAUAAAGAGCCUGGAACUGAGAAUGUGAAGUGCAGCUGUUUGAUGAACAGGACACAGGCGUGGGCAGCCUGAGGUAGUUCCAACAGACCUUGACACCUGCGCAUAAGAGCAAGCCCUGCCAAGGGUGGCAAGCUUGCAGCUGCCACCAAAAAGGUGGCACUUUCUUGGUUCCCUGGUUUGCACAUAAUGGGGGGAAAUUGGCCUAAUGUAUGCUGUGGUCUUUGUGCUUCAACUGUUGCAAAAUGGUCUUGGUUGUCAUCCAUAGCUUCAUAAACCAUGGUUUGUUUUGCUAAAAAGCUUCAUAAAUGGAAUUGCUCAGCUUAUGAAACUCUGGAUAGUUGUCCAAACACAGCCAGCAGAAGUUCUACUUCAAAAUGAAAAAAACCUGUUUUGGCUUAACAAAACUUUGGAAGCAGAGUGUUUCUUCAGUUUGGAGAAUUUUUUAAAUAACAAACUGAUGGACAAAAUAACAAACUGAUUGGACAAAAUAACAAACUGAUUGGACAAAAUAGUCCCCACUUCACCCAGUCUAUGUACAGUGGUACCUUGGUUCCUGAAUGGCUUAGUUGUCGAACAAAUUGCCUCCCAAACACUGCAAACCUGGAAGUCAGUGUUCCGGUUUGCAAACAUUUUUUGGAAGCCGAACAUCCGACGCAGCUUCAGCUUGAGUGCAGGAAGCUCCUGCAGCCAAUCAGAAGCCACGCCUUGGUUUUCAAAUGGUUUCAGGCAUCAAACAGACUCCCAGAACUGAUUAAGUUCAAGAACCAAGGUACCACUGUACUGAUGGGUAAGUGUAACUACCUGCAAUGCAUUAUAUAAUAUGGAAUAUGGAACUCCGUCAUGUAUUAUUUUCCUUCCUACUCUAUAGCUACUAUGAUGUGGACUGUGGGAAUGGCAAAACAAGACAAUGCACGAAGGAGGUCUUCUGAAGAGACAUGGGAUCAAGGUGACCUAUGCACUCUCUGUUUUGUUUUGUUUUGUUUUGUUUUGUUUUUAAGUCUUCAUUUGCUUAUAAAUAGCGUGUGAAUUCAUUCUGAAAUAUCUUGUUAGUUGGCAAAAAUGGUGGAUGUACUUUGCUGACUGAGACUCCCGACUACUUUUGAAAUUAGACGUUCUAAACUUCAGUGAAAUAGUUAACAUUGGCCAUGAAAGGAGGGCCAAUUCUGGCACCUCUUACAACUUAUGUGUGAGUGAGAAUCUCCCAAGAUUUUUCUUGGACCCAGAUCUAUUUGGCAGUGUGCUCAAGUACUGAGAUCUGCAGAUGAAUCCCUGAUUCUAUUCCAAAUGUUCCGGAUGCUAGGAUGCUUUCCACUAGGAGCAGGGUUUGCUGCUGUUGUGCUUGUUUUUUUAAAAAAAACUGUAGUCCCUUUUUCCUUUCAAAUGCUGUUUCAUCAAGUCUUUGUGGAGUUGAUGUACCAUAUUGGCCUGCAUAUAAGCCGCACUUUCCCCCCAAAUUCUGACUGUGAAAAGUUACAGUGCGGCUUAUAUUCAUGACCUUACGGUAUGCAGCCAGGACCGUGGGGCAAACAGCGCCAGGAACGUGGUGAAGCGGUGCCCACCCUGCUCGUAGUUCCCUGUCCUCUCCCCCAAGGCCGGGAAGGGAGAGAGCAAGGAAAGGGAAAGGCCAUUGGCAACGCAGUACAGCACAGCUCCCCCCCCCCCCCAGUAUGCAGCCAGGAGCAGUGAGGAUUGGAGCGGUUUAUAUUUGGGUAUUUUCCUUAUUUUCUCUCCCCCCCCCCAUUUUAAAGCUGCGGCUUAUAUUCGGGUGCGGCUUGUAUUCAGGCCAAUACCGUAUUAAGGCUGCUGCUUCUUUCAGCCUUCAUCGAUUUGCUUUCAUCGAUAUAGAUCUGGUAUGUGUGUGUUUAUGAUACUUUCAUUAUUCUUGGUUUCACUUUGUGCUGUGAACUGCUUCAUCAAAUUAAGAUGAUAAGAGUGGUAUAUAAAUAUUGUAUGGAAAUCCUUGCUUGGAAAACAGUGAAAUGUUUUGACACAUACUGACUCUUCCUUACAAGUGACCCGUAGGUAAGUCUGUAGAAGACUCCAGCUUAUAUGUGCUUGUGUGCAUAUAUAUCCAAUAAUUGUAUGUACUGACUUGUUGCGGGUGGCUUUUGGUCUUCUCAGUAGAAGGAGCACAGAACCAGGAUGAUGGUUGUUACACUGAGCCAGCCGUUCCUGACAUGAGAAAUUCAAGAACAGACCAUCCAAUCGAUCCUCCCUUAGAGGAGGAGGAAAGUAAGUUGAAACCCUUUUAUGGCCACUUUGCUGGUAUUUACACAAAAUAUGAAUUUGGACAUUCUGUUCACCAGCUUGGUGUCUUCCACCUGUGUCUGGCUGGUGCUGAUGGGAGUUGUAGUUAGAAACAUCUGGAGGGCACAAGGUUGGUGAAGCCUGCUGUAGUAUCUUUAAAAUAUAGGAAGCUCCUUUCAGAUUGAGUCCAUUGGUGCCUAUAGCCAAAUGCCACCCUUUGGCUAGAAGCAGCUUCCAGGUUAGAGGUCUUUACUAGCCUAUAUUAUCUGAAAGCUUUCAAAUGGAGAUACCAGCUACUGAACGUGAGAUCUUGUACCUAAAGCAGCUCUGCUCUCUUUGGUCCUUUUGUACUAAUUUAUGCCAAACUACAUGCCAUGAAUUGGAAUGGAAAGGUUUGGGGCUAUGGCAGAGUUCUUAACAUCUCCCCAGCAUUUUGAGUGUCAGUUUCUGCAGCAGCUGAUAGUAUUUUGGGGAGGGGAUCAUUUUGGUGAUGAAGCUUAUAUCUGGGGGAUGAAGGGGCUUGCUUUUAUGAUAGUGUGUGUGUUUGUGCUUUAAAGGAUUUUUGUACUGUGCGCUUUUAGAAAUGACUUUGACAGUUUGUGAAAAGUGUCUAUGAAAUUAAAUUAAAAAUUAUUCCUGGGAGGAGUCUUGGAAUGCAUCUGCAUUCCAAUGCAUUCCAUUGCUUUUUCCACAAUAGUUCUGUGUCCUGGAAAUGCUACGAAUACAAAUCAUUUGCUUUGUCAGUACAGAUGGUGAUGUUCAGUUAGGACUCACAUGAGGCUAUGACCCCAAGGCUUCCCCUAAUGAUUUGUGUGGACAUAAUGUAUGCCUGACCAUGAACUGGAUCAGAUACAGAUUCAAAACUUUGGAGAAUUAAAAUCCACACUUCACUCCCCCCCCCCCAAAAAAGUUGAGUGCAACUCAGAGUAAGGGCUUUCUGUCUCCAGAACCCACCUUUAAAGCAGGAGUUCUCUGCAUUUCGGAUGUUUUAGCCGGAUUAUCUUAUAGGAAAAUACCUUUUCUCUUGAGAAGUACCUCUCUGGCAUGGCCAGUAACUGCAUUUCUUAGUAUGUCUUCUCAGAAGGAAGCCCUACUGAGUUUAGCAAGACUUACUCCAGUGUAAAUGUGUGUAGGAUUGAAGUGCUGUUAAACAAUCUUGCACUGCUUGCUAUGAUGGCAUCCAGUUUCUGGCAAAAGCUAAAGAGUGAUGUCCUACCGACAAGCAGAAAAAUCCACCCUUCUUUUUUAAAAAAUUACCCUUGAUAAUGCUGGCACAGAUCUGAAAUGGAUGUAAAGUAUAAGAAACGUGAUCCAGUUUCUCUAGAUCGGUGUUCUCUUUCCCCACCCACUAGAGAGCUGCCAAUGCCGUGAUGAUUUUGGCCCCGAUAAUAAGCGGAGAACGGUUGGUGAUAACGGCACUGCGUUUCUUGUCAGAAUAGCAAUUCUGCAGAGCUGACGGAAUCCUUUCUUUCCCUCCCUUCUAAACAGGAGGCGUCAAAUUGGGCCUUGGGGACUUCAUAUUCUACAGUGUACUUGUGGGCAAAGCAGCCGCCACUGCUAGCGGUGACUGGAAUACAACUCUGGCUUGUUUCGUAGCCAUCCUCAUAGUAAGUGAAAUUGAUAAGUUAUGUCUUGGUGUUAUGCCAUAAAGCCAGGCUAGCUGAAUCGAUUUCAGCUGCGGAAGAUGCCUGCCCACACGGGGCCCACCCCCUAAAAGGUGAGAACUCACCCCACAAGAACUCGGCCAUGUUGGCUGGGGUUGAUAGGAGUUUGGCGAUUGUUGAUUGAUUGAUUCUAUUUCUAUGUCGCUUUUCAUUCAAAUAAAUCCCAAAGCGGCUUACAAACAAAAGAUAAAAAUAGCAUUAUGGAACAUCAUGAAUACAGCAUAAAUCGUAUAAAAUCUUAACAAAUCAUCAGUGAAACAAUCACAAAUCCCAAUUAAAACAAUUCCCAUCUAUGUAACGCUAUUAAAAAAGCAACUAAAAAAAAUAAGCUAAACAUCACAGUUACACCAAAAAUCAUAUUAUAGGAUUCACAAAAUACGACAGCAUUCAUACCUAUAAAACAAUAUUAACAACAUUAACAAAGUAGCAACAAAACAAAGACCUGUUGAGUUUGUACACUUGCUCUCCCCUCCACCAUGACUCAUAAACUUUCAUUCUAUUCAAUGCAUCAAAAUAUUUUCUACCUAGAAAUUUGCACAUUAAGCAAGGUAAGAGGGGGAGCUCUUGAUCUCUUGAGGAGGUUCUCUGCAGUCCACAAAAGUUUAUGCAUUAUAAAUCUGUUAGGCCUCGUACACUUAAGCAUAGCAUAGACCUCAAGUAUAUGGCGGUGUACAGGGUAUAGGGCAGUGUAUGAAUUGAAUAGAAAAGAAUAAAAUAAUAAUAAAAUAUGUGUGUUGGGAUUUUGACCUUAGUCUUUUGAGCUACUGCAAGACACUUCCAAUAUUUUAUCUAUUGGUUUUUAUCUCUUAAGGGGGGAAAUAACCCGGCCUUCUUCUGAGUAACAUUUUUCUCUUCCUCCUUAGGGCCUGUGUUUAACUCUUUUGCUGCUGGCAGUAUUCAAGAAAGCGUUACCUGCCCUUCCCAUCUCCAUCACCUUUGGCUUGAUCUUCUACUUCUCAACAGAUUACCUUGUGCAGCCUUUCAUGGACACCCUUGCAGCCCAUCAGCUAUAUAUUUGAAAAAAGCAAACAAAGCAGUGGUGAUCUUCUCUGGAGUCUUUGCUGUGCAACAGGACAUUUUCCAAUAGAUAUGGUUUUUACACUUAGUGCCAUAUAUUUUUCAGGAAUCCCGGUAAUAACACGUGUGCGAGUCUCUCCUGAGACUCAGUAGCCAGGUCCUUCGAUUUCUGAUGUGAACAAUUUGACCGGGAGCAGGACGCACGCAGCCUGAUCCUAUCUGUGUUUACUACUGAUCUCAGUUGGACUUGCUCCCAAGUCAGCUUGCAUAGCAUCGCAGUCCCGAUAACCCUGAGAUGCCUGGCCUCCUGCUUUAGUUUAUCGUAUAAAUGAAUGUGAAAAUCAUUGGUUAUAUUAGCCCAAGGUGAAACAAAAUUCCUCUCCCAGGAGGUGAGCAGAUGAUGAAUGUGAGAUUCCAGUUUGCCAGAGAUGUUGCAAUCAUAGUGAAGAAUAAUCAUGGUUUCGAUGUACGGCUGCACCAGCAUGCUUCCACUGGUGUAACAGGGCCUCUUGUUUCCUCUCCCCCCACCAGUUAUCUCCAAAAUCUGUGCCAACCCUCCACAGCUGAUUUUGAGGGUGAGCAGCAGUUGGUCCGGAUGGAACAGGAAGUUCAGUUUCAUAAGCCCCAGGCCCCUACAGAGCUGCAGCCCCUUAAUAAUAGUACAGUAUGCUUUAAAAAAAAUACUACAGAGCAUCUAAAUGGAAUAAAUGAGAGGGUAUUUUUUUCUGAAAGGUAUUGGUUAUAUUAGGCCACGGUGAGAAAAAUAAUUACUCGGCUGGGAGGUGAAUUUAAGAUUCCUGUUUACACUAGUAAUUUGCAAAAAAAAAAGAGUAAUUAUAAUGGUAAGUAGUUGUGCAGCACACUUUUUUUAAAGUGUGAAAAUGCUCCUUUAAAAUAGGCAUACAGCUAAAGUGCAGGGGUUGUGUGGAGGCAAAACUGCACAUGAUUAAUAUGUAGCAGGUUUCCAAAUCUGUUUUUUCUUUAAUUGCAGCCGUGGGAGUUGGAGGCCCAACUAGAAUUGCGAGAGAGGGAAGUGGGGAGGGAAGGUUUAUCCUUUCCCUCCCCAGCCAUUAUCAUGGCAAAAUUCAUGGGCUCCAUGCAGCUAUAAGGGUUAAGAAAAUAAUCCCAUUGGCACCAAUGGGACCUCCUCCUGUUUUAUGCUAACCCUCCCAGCUAUGCCAGGGGUAUUUCAUGGAUUUGUUCGCAAAAAUGUAUGUGCCGCUUGAUUGUAAUAAAACCUCUGAGUGGUUUACAGGAAAUUUGAAGAUGACCAGUGAAAAGCAUUUAGAAAUAAUUAAAACAAACCGUUAAAAGAGAUUAAAACAAAUCAACAUCUACAUGUCGAGAUAGACCUGCCUAAACAAACGAAGUUUUAAGCAUGAAAAAGAGUGCAGCAGAUGCACCCGCUUGAUGUCAACAGGCAGAGAGUUCUAAAGUUGUUGUGCGAUACUCAAAUAGCAGGUUUUUUACAGCUGUGAUGCCUGUAGCAGUGCAGAGUCCAUAGAGUGAAGUGGUUGAAUGGGCACAUACAGGGUGAAGUGAUCGCACGAGUAAACGGGCCCCAAACCAUUAAGGGCUUCAUAUACCAGUAGUUAAACCUUGAACUUGGCCUGGUGAAAAGGCCCUCCCCAGCAAUGACUUUUUCAGGAAAGUCAUUGCUGGGGAGGAAAAGGAGAAAUCUAACAGCCCCGCUUCUCAUGCUACCUCCCCAGUAAUUGUUGGGACUCCCGCACACCUGUCACUAAAGAAAAGCCAUAACUCUAUUCAGUGUAAUGUGUAGUUUAGCCCCAGGAAUGAAGCAAGGGUACAGGGCUUCUUCAGCUUUGCCACCAAAGCCCUUCCAAGGGAAGGAAGCAAGUGGACCUUCAAAGAUAACGACCUGCUUGCAUGGGAGUUUCCCCACACUCUGGAUUGUACACAGCAGGUCACAUCAAGAAGGGCAGGAAGCAAGAAGCACAAUAGAUGUUUGGCCUGUCUUGCCCUCUUCUCAACUGAGCUGCCUGGGGAAUUAGUGCUGGCUGGGAUGGGGCUGCCACCCAGAUGUCCUGAGCACGUAAGUGUGGUGACACACACACACACACACACACACAAAAUCAACAUCUUUGUAAGACCCAAUGGUUUUUGUAGCACUGGUCAAUGUGAGCAAGCAGAUCAAACAUAAAAAUUGAGCUGUAGGGCCUUCAGUGGCAAUGGGGAGCCUGUGGCCCCCCAAAUAUUGUUGGGGUGCUAGCUCCCAUCAUUCCUAACCUUUGGCCAAGCUGGCUGGGGCUGAUGGGAACUGGGAGUCCAUUCAGUAUCUGGAGGGGACCACCAGUUCCCCAUACAGCAUACUUUUAGAGCCUCUAUCAGAGGGCCCAACUUUAAGUGGAGGCAAGUUGUAAAUAACGGGGGUUAGUUGCCCUGUUGCUUCCCUCAUACUUGAAUUGGCAAUCAGGCCAAAAAGCAGCCCGCAUGCAGUCUCUUGCUUUGCACUGUUCAGGAAUGAUUUGGGGAGAAGCCACUGAUUGAGGCCAGGCAAACUUCUUUCAGUUGUGUGGGGUGUGUGUUAAAUGACUAACUUGGAAAUGCUAUGAAAAUAUUUAAUGUAAGAGUGAACUAUUUGGGGAAUAAUGUUUGUAUCAAAACACAGGGAUGAGAUUUGAAUCUGGUGUGCACAUUAAUCUAAAUGAGAAACAGUUGGUGCUCAAAAUAUUCAAGACUUUUGCCCCGCAAAUAGUUUACUUCUAACUUGGACUUCCUCCCAGGGACAUUGGUUGUUUUAAGGUUUUGGUUUUUAUUUUAAAUCUGAUCUGCUUUGCUUCCAAAUAUCCCCUUCUAAGAACAACGCUACUUACGUGAUUUAUCUGCCUAAGCAAAAGAAAUAGCCUAAUGAAGCAAAAGGGACUGAGACGGGUCAGGGGGAGGAUCCAAUGUAAGAGACACUGAAGUGCAGCAGCUCCCAUUGAUUUCAAUUUUGGAUGCUUGAUGAAUUGGAUUUGUUUGGAUUCAAUUCAAAUUGAGCUGAUCUGAACCUUCCUUUGGAAUUUAGAAUGUGAUUUGUUCUUCUCAGAUUUUUGCAAUGCAGUUCAUAGCUCAAAAAACUCACCAAAAUGUGUUUUUUAAAAAUUGUAUUUUAGGAUGAAAUGCAUACAUUUGGGCAGAAUAUGUGUACGUUUGCUCUUUUAUGAGAAUGUGUUCAAUUCAGUGUUGAUUUUUCUUUAGAAAUCUAAAUGAUAAUUUGCAAAGGUGUACAUUAAUGCAGAAAUGGGACCGAACAGACUUCUGAAUGAAUAUGUGUAAAAGUGACAUGGACUGUUCGUCCCUAGCUUCAGUGGGCUUGAGCAACAGGAUUGCUUUAUAGGGUGUGCCUGAAGUUUCCUUCUCUAAAAACUAUAACAAGAUUAAGUUUCAACCAUUUUUAUUUCCAAAACAUAUUUUAAAUUGCUUACCUUCGAAAAAGCCUAUUAAUUACAUAGUAAUAUAUUGAUGAAUGUUACAUUUUUAAGACCGCUUGCAAAUCCAUACAGUAUUUGCUUUUCCAUUCAUAUAUAAGCUUGUUUCAAGGAACUUUGUAGGAGUUUAUGUUUUAAAAAAUUGAUCUACUUUUCUGUUAAUUAAAUGAGCUGCUUCUCAAUACUCUGGUGCUGCAAACAUGAAGGAAGAACAGUAAGUUGGUCAUGAAAAUAUUUCCACGGUUAUUUAAUGUAUUGAUUUCAAGAUUAUGAAGUAUAUUCAUGGGGCUACUUUUGAGCUUUGCCAUGCGCAAAGGUAUUGAACUGAUGUUUGCUUAAUUGGUCUAGAUCCUCCCCCCCCUUUUUCUAGACUUUAAGCUGUCUAGCAUGUGCUGCACUUUUAGGUGCUUUUUGAAAUAUUCAUUAAUGCACCUGUCAGCUGUAGCAAGGUAGCAAAUAUUUUGUGGACUAGAGAAAUGUUAAUCACAUAUAUGGUAUGCACAAGCCAGAACUAUUAACUUUCAAAAUGUGGACUGAUUUAUCCCACAAUGAUUUAUUGACUUCAAUAGGAUUUCUCUGAUUAUUCUUGGAACUGGAAUUGAAAUGAAUAGUGAUUACAUGACAGAUCUCUUUCCCUUUUAUAUUGCUUCUGAUUUUCUCCAUUAAUUUUUUAUACAGUUUUGCAUGGAUGAUCAGGGGGUGGGACAACAGGAAAGAAUUCUACCUGAAAUCUCUUUGAAUGUAAUUCUAGCAGAUUAAUUCUCGUCCUGGGACAUGUGUGUGGCUGUAUGUCUGUGUAUUUGGUGAAAGGGAAACAAAUAUACUGCAUAUAUACAGGAAAUGCUUCUAGCUACAUUAGGAAAACAACAACAACCCUGUGUACUUACUGCAAAUGCAAUGUGUACAAUAAAAAUUAUACUUACGAGGCAGCACUAUUUUUAAAAAA